AUGGAGCUUGACAAUCACACCAUCAAUAGUGAUUUCAUUCUUUUGGGACUGUUCUCUUCUUCACAGACCAGUCUAGUCUUUUUCUCAUUGAUAUUUUUCAUUUUUAUUAUGAGCAUAAUAGAAAAUUCCCUCAUGAUCCUCCUAAUCCGCAGGGACCCUCGACUGCAUACCCCAAUGUACUUCCUGCUCAGCCAUCUCUCCUUCAUGGAUAUCCUGCACAUUUCCAACAUUGUGCCUAAAAUGAUCGCUGACUUUCUGUCAGGCAGCAGAACCAUUUCCUUUGCAGGCUGUGCCUUCCAGAUAUUUCUGUCCCUCACAUUGCUAGGUGGUGAGUGCCUUCUCCUGGCAGCCAUGUCUUAUGAUCGCUAUGUGGCCAUUUGCCACCCACUUCGGUACCCUGUGCUGAUGAGGGAGAACUCCAGUGGGCUCAUGGCUGCAGGAUCCUGGCUCGUGGGAAUCUCCAACUCCAUAGUCCACACAGCUCUUGUGCUGCAUUUUCCCUACUGUCACUCUAGGGCCAUUGAUCACUUUUUCUGUGAAAUCCCCGCCAUGUUGAAAUUGUCCUGUGUAGACACAUCACACUAUGAACGAGGAGUUAACAUAAGCUCAGGUACUAGAACAAUUGGAACCUAG